CGUUGCAUGGGGUGUUUAAAUCAUGCGCUGACACCUGCACAAAAAAGUUUUCUGUGUUAGCUGUGUAUCAAAUACGGAGGAUAACGUGGACGGACAUUAGUUAAACUUUAUCGUAUUAACUCUUUCGACAGUUGUAACAGUUGGCGUCGUUGCUUUUUUCUCUGUCGAUGAUGUUCUUGAACGUUAAGAGGCUUUACAAGACGCUUCACUUCGAUGUAUGAUGGAGAGAAACACCAUCCUGUAAGCUAACGUUCCGUGCUCCCAUCGAUAUCUGUAACCGCCCUGCCCUGACAGUGUCAAAGAUUCUGACUGAGAUGGAUCCUUCACCCAGCCCUUUAACGCGUGUUGGACAGACGAUUUGGACAAUUUUGAGCUAUGUCACGGGAGUCAUUGCAAGAUAUUUAAGAGCAGAGCCUGAGACCACAGGAAAUGAGAACAUAGACCCAGAGCCAGAAGACACAGUCUCGACAAGCACUGAGACAAAGUUGUGGAAAGAAGGACAGACUGGCAGAGAGGAAAGGGUUAAUCAGGAGGGGGAGGAUAAAGAAGAGAGAGAAACAGACAGAGGGAGUGGACACUUGCGGAGUGGAGCGGACAGUGGGUAUAGACAUGCAGUUGCCUGGGAACAGUGCAAGACCUCUACAGUCACAACGACAAACAGGUCAACUCAGCAAUUCACAGUUAAGUACUUCAAAGGAGUAGACACAGACAGUGUUAUAGAGGAAGGACAAGAUGUUAGAACAGGACCAACAGACCAAAGACAAAAUGAAACCACCAGUCAUCUUUUCACUGAUGAAAGAAAUAAGAAAGACAUUGAGAGACAAGAGGGAAUAACAGAGCCGAUUUCUCAGCAGACCACUCCAAAGAAAGAAAGAGGUGGUUGGAGAGAAUGGGAAAAAAAUGAGCAGGACUGUUAUGAGGGCAAGAGAAAGGCGGAACGAGGAGAACAAAAAGUACCUGGGAGGUUGUGUCCUGGUGAAGAUGGAAAGGCAGAACAUGAACCAAAGGACAAGGAAAGAGAAAGAAAAACAGAAGGAAAGCACAAAGACCUCAUCAGGACAGAUGAAGUGAAUCUCAUUGCAAGGACAGAGGUGAAAAGUGAAGACAUGAAAGAAUUAGAGAAAGAAAUAACAGAAGAGAUGGAUGAGGAAGAGAAAUCGGAUAGAAAAGGGAUAGACAAGGAGGGGGCAGAGAGGGAAAUGAGCUCCAAAAGAGUGGAUGGGGUAAAAGAAAUGGAAGUGCUAUUUGAGAUGGAGAGAAUGGAGGACACAGAGGAUAGCAAAAAAUCUGCAGAGACAGGAAGGCAUGGUAGUUUAGGAGAAACAUGUGAAGUAAAAGAAGAACUAAAGGAGGAGCAGACAGAAGUAAGGAAUACAGAUAUUGUUGAACAGAAAAGGAAGGGACAGAGAGAAAGUGAAGGGGGGGGAAUGGAACCAAGGGGAGGUGAAAUAUUAGAUGAAGACAAAGAAAGAGUUCAAAGGGGAAUAGAAUUAACUGUCUCUGAAAAAGCUGGACCAGUGGAGAACAAUGAUGCAGGUGUUGAAAGAGGUUUUCUGGUGUUAGAAGGAGCUGAAGAAAAACAAACCAAUGACACACAAAAAAUGUUCUUUGAAGGACAAUUGGGAGAAAUAUCAGGUAUUGAAGAAGGAAAGGAUGAUGAAAAAGAAUCAGCACCAGUAGUGGAAAGUGGAAAAAUGCACCUACCGCAUGUAGAAAGGUUAGAUGCCCAAGGAGGAGAGGAAACUGUCCGAGCACAAGAGAUUUAUAAUAGAGAAGAAAGAGUGGAGCAGUGGGAUGAAAAGAAAGGUGUAGCAGUUUGUGUCAGAGAAAUAGAGGAUGGGGGUGUAGAGACAGAAGAAAAUGGAAGUGAUAAAAAAACUAAAGUAAGAGGCAGAGAUGAAGAUGAAUGUAAAACAAAGACAUUACACUCAAGUGAAAACAUUGAAGGAUAUGCAGAUAUUGAAGGAGUCUUAUUACUGAGAGAAAAGCGAGAUGGAGAACUGACAAAAAAGGAGACAGAAUUAGAGGAUCAAAGUAAUAACGAUACAGAGGACUUACCUGGAGGACAGGAAGAGGUACAUGGAGGAAGACAAGACAGAGGAAUAAUAGAUAGAUUUGAAGAGGAGAGAGGUGAAGAGGUAGAUGACAGAGAAGAGCAUAAUGGACAUGUGAGAGUAAAACGGACGGAGAUCAAAGCAACUUUAACAGAAGGUGAAAUAGAAGAGGGAGUAGAAACAGAUAAGAGCAACAAUGUGAAAUAUGAAGUAGAAAGAGAAACAGAGUUGAAAUUAAAGACAGAAAACAUUGAGACAGCCACAAAGAUGGAAAAGACAAUGAAAGAGGAGGAGUCAGGAGACCAAAUAGAUGAUGAAAAAACAGAGGGAGAGGUUGAAGAAAUGGAGAAAACAGAAGAUGAUAUAAAGGAAAAAUCUAAAUGUAAACAGAUCAAAGUGGAAACAAACUGGAAUAAAGAAUCAGAAGUUGUGGUAGAGUCAAAGGUAACAGAGUGGGACCAAGGAAACAUAGGAGAAGUACAGGAAGACAGAGGGAUAUGGGAAAGAGAGAAUGUGGUACACAAUACACAUGAAGGGAGAGAUGAAGUAAUAGCUGCACAAAGAGAGAACACAGACCAGGGUCUGAAAGUAGGACAAGAUGGAGAAAUAGGAGGGCAUGGAAGAGAAAUUGGGAAAAACAUGACAAAGGACAAUAUAGAUGGGAGGGGAGACGGAACUAUGAAAGUGCAGGAAGUCUAUGAAAGGGACAUAUGGACAUUUGGAGUGAAGGAGGAUGAGGUAAUUAGCGAGGCUGAUAGAAGCAUAAGAGAGUUAAAUCAAGGUAGCACAGAAAAGGAAGAAAGAAAGGAUGAAGGUGAAAUUGAAAGUGAUCUGAAAGAACCUGAGGUUGAAGAAAGUGAAAUCAAGGGGAGAGCAACAGAAUGUGAGGUAGGUGGAGGACAGAUAGUGAGGGAAAUUUUACUAAGUGUAAGAGAUGAUGUAGAACCGAUUUGGAGAGAAGAUGAAAUCAGAGGAGAGUUGGAGAGUGAAGGGGGAAAAGACGUUAAAGCACAAGUAAAAGAGGCAUAUCAAAAAGGAGAGACAGAGGAGUUUAGCGGCAUAGAAGAGGAUGAAGGUUUUAAAAAAGGAGAGAAAGAACACACAGAUCAAGUAAACAUAAUACUUAAUGAAGAGAGACAGGGAAGAGAAGUAAUUGAUGAAAGAAAGUGUGUGGAGGUAGAAGUGCAAGAGGGACAGUUUAGUGAACUUGUGGCAGAAGGACAAGAAGAUGAGAGACAAGCAGAACAAGAGAAUAGAGAAGAAGCAGUAAUGGAGGAGGGAGACGUGGGAAGGGGUGUUGGUGUAACAGUGGAGAUAGAAGCUGAAUCAGUGGAUGAAGAGAGAGAUGGUGAGGCUAUGAAAGAAGGGGAAAGAGAGGGUCUGGUUAUGACAGAUGGGAUGGAAGAGGAAAAUGUAGAAAAAGAUACAGAGUUAGAGGAUAUUGGUGGAGAAGAAACCAAGGUAUUGGGAGGAAUGGAAGCCCUGCCAGGAGAGGAGAGAAGAGUUUCUGUCAAUAGGGAGCAACAUGAUGAUUUAGAAGGAGAAACAGCAGGAGAGAAAGAAAAGGGAGAAAUGAAGGGAAAAGAUGAUGAGGUCAAGGAGAGAGAAGUGGACAGUGAGGAGGGCGAGCCCACUAAAGCACAAUUGGAUAUGCAUGAGGAAAUAGAGGAAAAGACUAUCACGGGCAAUGAAAACAGAGAGCGUGAGGUUCUAAAUGUGGACAAAGACACUGAUGAAAUGAGGGAGUGCAUAGAUAGAGAGAUAGAGGUCGAGGGAGGUGAAAAUGUAAGGGAAGGACAAACACCUGUUGAGCAAAUUAACAAAGAUGGACUGUAUGAAGAAGCAGAUGAGAGGAGAGAAGAUAUACCAAAGGAAGAAGACAGAGGACAAACAGAAACAGGGACAGAUAAAAAUAUAGAUGAAGGAGAGGUAGCGACGACAUGGUAUAUUGAUGUAGAUGAGGGAAUCCUAGAUGUUGACAGAAAUGAAGUCAACAAAAGAGAAGUGAAUGAAAGUAGUAAAGAAAAAGAAAAUGGAGAUUACUUUGAGAAAGAUAAAAUAGAAGAUGUUGAAGUGGGAGAAACAGAGGUUGAAGAAAAAGAAACAAAGGGGGCAGCAAUAGAAUGUGAGAUGGGUAGAGGACAGAUAGAGAGAGAAAUUAUACUGGCUCAGACAGAGCAAGUAGAAGCAGAUUGGAGGGAAGGUGAAAUCAGAGGAGUGGAUGAAGGAGUGAGUAUGGACACAGAGCAAGAAAAAGUAAAACUUGCAGAGAGACAGGGAAGAGAAGUAGUUGAUGAAAGAAAGUGUGUGGAGGCAGAAGAGCAAGAGGGACAGUUUAGUGAAUUUGUGGCAGAAGGACAAGAAGAUGAGAGACAAGCGGAACCAGAGGAUAGACAAGAAGCACUAGUGGAAGAGGGAGAUGUGGGAAGGGGUGUUGGUGUAACAGUGGAGAUAGAAGCUGAAUCGGUGGAUGAAGAGAGAGAUGACAAGGCUAUAAAACAGGCAGAAAGAGAGGGUCUGGGUAUGAGAGAUGGGAUGGAAGAGGAAAAUGUAGAAAAAGAUACAGAGUUAGAGGAUAUUGGUGGAGAAGAAACCAAGGUAUGGGGAGGAAUGGAAGCCCUGCCAGGAGAGGAGAGAAGAGUUUCUGUCGAUGGGGAGCAACAUGAUGAUUUAGAAGGAGAAACAGCAGGAGAGAAAGAAAAGGGAGAAAUGAAGGGAAAAGAAUAUGAGGUCAAGGAGAGAGAAGUGGACAGUGAGGAGGGCGAGCCCACUAAAGUACAAUGGGAUAUGCAUGAGGAAAUAGAGGAAAAGACUAUCGCAGGCAAUGAAAACAUAGAGUGUGAGGUUCUAAAUGUGGACAAAGACACUGAUGAAAUGAGGGAGUGCAUAGAUAGAGAGAUAGAGGUCGAGGGAGGUGAAAAUGUAAGGGAAGGACAAACACCUGUUGAGCAAAUUUACAAAGAUGGACUGUAUGAAGAAGCAGAUGAGAGGAGAGAAGAUAUGCCAAAGGAAGAAGACAGAGGACAAACAGAAACAGGGACAGAUAAAAAUAUAGAUGAAAGAGAGGUAGCGACGACAUGGUAUAUUGAUGUAGAUGAGGGAAUCCUAGAUGUUGACAGAAAUGAAGUCAACAAAAGAGAAGUGAAUGAAAGUAGUAAAGAAAAAGAAAAUGGAGAUUACUUUGAGAAAGAUAAAAUAGAAGAUGUUGAAGUGGGAGAAACAGGGGUUGAAGAAAAAGAAACAAAGGGGGCAGCAAUAGAAUGUGAGAUGGGUAGAGGACAGAUAGAGAGAGAAAUUAUACUGGCUCAGACAGAGCAAGUAGAAGCAGAUUGGAGGGAAGGUGAAAUCAGAGGAGUGGAUGAAGGAGUGAGUAUGGACACAGAGCAAGAAAAAGUAAAACUUGCAGAGAGACAGGGAAGAGAAGUAGUUGAUGAAAGAAAGUGUGUGGAGGCAGAAGUGCAAGAGGGACAGUUUAGUGAAUUUGUGGCAGAAGGACAAGAAGAUGAGAGACAAGCGGAACAAGAGAAUAGAGAAGAAGCAGUAAUGGAGGAGGGAGACGUGGGAAGGGGUGUUGGUGUAACAGUGGAGAUAGAAGCUGAAUCGGUGGAUGAAGAGAGAGAUGGUGAGGCUGUGAAAGAAGGGGAAAGAGAGGGUCUGGUUAUGACAGAUGGGAUGGAAGAGGAAAAUGUAGAAAAAGAUACAGAGUUAGAGGAUAUUGGUGGAGAAGAAACCAAGGUAUGGGGAGGAAUGGAAGCCCUGCCAGGAGAGGAGAGAAGAGUUUCUGUCAAUAGGGAGCAACAUGAUGAUUUAGAAGGAGAAACAGCAGGAGAGAAAGAAAAGGGAGAAAUGAAGGGAAAAGAUGAUGAGGUCAAGGAGAGAGAAGUGGACAGUGAGGAGGGCGAGCCCACUAAAGCACAAUUGGAUAUGCAUGAGGAAAUAGAGGAAAAGACUAUCACAGGCAAUGAAAACAGAGAGUGUGAGGUUCUAAAUGUGGACAAAGACACUGAUGAAAUGAGGGAGUGCAUAGAUAGAGAGAUAGAGGUCGAGGGAGGUGAAAAUGUAAGGGAAGGACAAACACCUGUUGAGCAAAUUAACAAAGAUGGACUCUAUGACAAAACAGACACUGAUGUGGGAAGAGUUGAUGUUUCAAAGGAGAAUGUGGGAGUCAGGGAGGAUGAACAAACAACACAAGUGGAUGGAAAAACAGAAUUCUACCAACAGCUUGAUACACCUUCUUUGGAUUUCACUGCUCAAAAGUCACGAAUUGCCCUGAAGAACCCCCUCACUCGCCGACCCAAGGACCCCCGCACUCUCCUCCACAUCCCCUCCCUAUCCCCCACACCCUUAACAACACCACAGCCUGAACAACUCAACAUAGGGCCUGUGGGGGUAAAAGUGGGAGGGGCCGGGACGAUAGGAAUCAGACUGCCAGGUAUAGGUGGUGGGCUUCCAGUGCUGAAGAAGACACAAGGAGGAGUGAAGGAGAGGGAGAAUGUCACAGCACAGAACCCUGACAAGGAAUUAAUCUCAUCUGUCAGUGAUGUCAACAAGGAGCCAAGAAGUGAAAAAGGAGGCAUGAUUGGAGUCAAAAUGGGUGGCAUUGGGGCGAUUGGAGUGAAACUGCCAGCUUUUAGCACAGGGCUCCCAGUGCUGAGGAAGACAGGCAAAGGAAUAAAAAUGAGAGAGACACCAGAAGAGAACAUGACCUCUCAUAGUGACAGAGAAGGAGCAGGCGUUGUCAAAGGUGUUGGAAUUCCUGCUGUCAAACUGCCAGGUUUUGGUCCAGGAUUUCCUGUAUUGAGAAAAACAGAAAGGGGAGUGAAGAUUAGAGAAGACACAGAGGGCUGUGCACAGCAGAAAUCAGAGGUUGAAGAAAAUGUGUCUGAUAAGGGUCCACAGGAGAGGCUCACCAAAACCAAACCCAAAUGGACACCACCAGGGAAAGCUGGAAUUGGAGCAGGCAGCCAUCCAGUGAUGGCAGAACUUAAAAACAAGUUGGAGAAGACAGAAGAGUAGUGAGACUGAGAAGGAUCUGUGGAAUUUUUAUUUUAUUUUAUUUUUUUUUAAACUGGUUUAUUUUCUCUGCUGGCACCCUUAAACAGGAUACCUUACAAUGCUUACUAUCUUAUCUGUUACAUGUAAAUGGUAUAUGUCAUUUAGAAUGCUGAGGCCAUUUAUACAUUUAGUAAGGCAGCCAACUUUAAAAAAACAUAAAUAUCAUAUUAAAUAUCAUUGAUUAUUAUGUUGCACAACCCAGAAGUCCCUCACUCUAUCAUGACAGUAGAUGCAAAGAACUUGAUGGAAUGAACUGUAUAGCUUCUGCAAUACUUGUAACCAUCCCCUCUUAUUACACAUUCUUCCCACACUGUACUUUUUAAUACAUUGUCAAUAUAUUGUAUUAUUUCUUGCAUUUGCACUAUUUCUAAUUUGAAUACAAUAUUCUCCUUUUUGUUUACUG